CUUCCUUUUCUUCUUUCGCCCUGUAUAGCAAAGUCACAUAACUGAGACUAUGCUCUGUGCAGGCACAACAAACACAAUCACCUCUACCAUGAACCCUCAUUUUACCGAUCAAUCCACUCGAGACAUUCCUGGCCCUUCUCCUGCCGUCGAGAGUAUACUCGCAGACGCCCUCUUCCCACCACGACCUUCCACAGAACAACCUGACUCGGAAACACCUUCAGACAAAAAAGACCCGCUGGCGGCUCAAGUCUGGCGGUUGUAUACAAAGGCCAAGGAUACACUUCCCAAUGGUUCACGUCUAGAGAAUCUCACAUGGCGCAUGAUGGCCAUGACCCUCAAGAAAAAAAAGGCAGCUGAAGCAAAAGCCAAAGCCGAAGAACAACAAAACGAGUUUAAUCAAGACGUUUCCCCUCCCACACAUGAUGACACCACUGUCUUCUUGUCGUCCUCAGCCCCACCAGCAAUCGAUGGAUUUGGCCCCAACUUUCACUCUACAAUCCGACCAAAGUCAAAUCACGAACGGAACGCUAUGGUGUAUGGGUCUACUCGUGCAGCACCUUCUCACUUGUCUUCGACGAUAUUCCCACAAACUCAUACUUCAAACGGAUUUACCUCUGGUGUUCAUGGCACCAAUAGUAUCACAAUUCCUGCGGAUUCAGAUAUGGAAGAGUGCGACAGACUAUCUCCUUACUCGGUAUCAUCCAUGGAAGCAUAUUUCAGUCAUUCGUUGCCGAGUGACCAGCUUCCAAUGCAGUUCCAGAACAUGGGCAUUCAUCCACCAGCACUUUUCCAACCACUUUCCCCCGAACCGACAAUUCCUGAUGAACAUAUGAAUAUGAACUCGAGUGCAAGUACAAGUGCGAAUGCGAAUGCGAAUGCGGAUACGAGCACGAAUGCAAAUGCAAAUGCAGGGGCACUCAGCUUCGAGGAUCUGCUGACAAUGUAUUAUGUCCCUCAAUCUGCCCCUGAUCCUCUGCUCUCCGUGCAUCCAGAGCCACUCCCACUUCCGACUGACAAGAAAGAUAGCGCCACCCACUGUACAAACUGUCGCACCACAACCACACCACUCUGGAGACGAAAUCCUGAAGGCCUUCCACUUUGUAAUGCGUGUGGUCUCUUUCUCAAACUCCAUGGCGUCGUGCGUCCUCUAAGCCUUAAGACAGAUGUCAUCAAAAAGCGCAACCGAAGCAAUGCCACGCCCAUCACCACAGUCAAUAAGGGCAUCAAAUCCAAAGCAGCCGUAUUUGCUAACCCCACCAACCAUGCCAUCGGUAAACGCGCCUCCACCAGCAUUAUCACACCCAUGCCAAAAGAUAAAAAGAAGCCGAACCUUGCCCCUGUUCCAUUCACCAAUGCAGGUCAUCCCUUACGACCCAUUGGUUCGCAAAUGAACUACUCCACUAUAAACUCCACUGCCACCUCGAAUCCAACCUUAACUCCCAUCACCACCAAUACUAAUACUAAUACUACUACUACUACCAAACGUCAACGUCGCCUCUCCCUGUCAGAACAGGAUAAUAACAACACCAAUGACAACAAAACUAAUAAUCAGUACCACAUAUCCAUACAGCGUCCUAUUCUUCAGACAGUCGGAAGCGCCCCUAAUCUCUCUUGGAUGGGCAUGAUGACUCAACCUGAUCAUGUUCAUCCCAUGUCCAUCUCUGAUAUUCACCCAGGAUGGGGAAAUCUCUAUAUACAAUCCUUGAAGUACUUUCCGAAAGUGUUUAAUAAGUGGAAAUAUAGGCCCAGUUUUAUGCUCAAGUUUUUGCAUGUUCUAAAAAGGUCUACUUUGGUACCCAUCAUCCAACACACUCAGCGUAAAUUCAGUAGGGUUUUGUUGUUAUUAGUAUUGGCUUUAGUCCAGAUCCGACUGUUACUAGGAAGUACGUGA